UUAAAAUGUCUUUUACGAAUUUGUAGCGAUGGUGGCUGGCUUCCUUGCAAACUUAGCGUCGUAAUUUAAUAGCUUUUUCGAAAUUAAAAUUCAAUUGUUGGUCGUGUAACGAUCCUAGUAAUAGUGUUUUAAGUGCUUAAGAAGUUUCAUAACUAAUAGCAAUGAGUUCGAGCGUGUGCUACAAGUGCAACAGGACCGGGCACUUCGCCCGCGAGUGCACGCAGGGCGGCGGCGUCGCGUCGCGCGACACCGGCUUCAACCGGAGCCGUCGUGCUACAACUGCAACAAGACGGGGCACAUCGCGCGCAACUGCCCGGAGGGCGGGCGCGACAGCUCGGGCCAGACGUGCUACACGUGCAACAAGGCGGGACACAUCUCGCGCAACUGCCCCGACGGCACCAAGACGUGCUACGUGUGCGGCAAGCCCGGCCACAUCUCGCGCGACUGCGACGAGUCGGAGCGCAACUAGCGCGCCGCUCCGCCGCACCGCACUCGGACUCUAAGCAAAGGAUCCCGACACCCACACACUUGUACCACGCACGCGGCCCCGUGACGAGACUGAGAGAGCCACUUGUACAUACGUCGCCCGCCGAUACGUUAGAUGUUUGUUCUUGCACGUGAACGAGUUGUGUUUUUUAAAUCAUUUAAUAAUCGUGAUUGAACUAUUGAUGAGGGUAGAGUUACAGUUUUUAGCAUUACAGAGUAUAUAUUUAAUAUAUUUUGUACAGAUUUAUUUGACAAAAAAGAGAUAAAUUGGAUGAUGCUGGCGUACCAUGCGUUUUCAAUGAGGAGUGGAGUGGAGGCCUGGACGGCGGAGUCGACCCCUUGUUCUGCAGUAGCACGCUAGACCGUGACUAUCCCUCGCCCGUCACCGCAACACAUCAUUUUGUUUUUUCCGAUCUAUUCCUUUGUUUAUGAAGUCCUGCUAACUUGUCGAGAAUUCAGUGGUUAAUUAGAAUUUCAUCAAUCACAAUAUUUUUUAUUUUGUUAUCCCUGUUGAAUGUGUCUAUGUUGAAUGUAAAACAGCUUGCAAUGGGAGAUAAUAAACAAUAUUGCCUUAUU